CACGCCCCUCACCUGGUUUUUCAGACAAAUCAGUAAUCCUCAGAUACCGACAGUGACAGCUCUUGCCUUUCAACAUUGCUAUCGUUAGUAAUAUAAACGGGCACAGUACUUUGUGUUUUGUGCCUUUUAAAGUUUGCACCAGGCUGUCAGAGCAGGCCGACCGAACUUACCGACCGGUACCGACACGGCGGCCAGCUGACAGCAAACCGAGCUCAAGCUAGCUAGCCUAGCCGUCUCUACAGUCCCAACUGCCCGCUGCUCUUUUGUCUAUCCAGGCAAACCAGCUAGCAGCAGGCGCGGCGCGACCUGUCAGUCAGCAAACACUGGAGUUUACAAGUCGCUUCUUACGUUGACCCUUUUCCCCGUUUGACGAGAACCAAGUGAACCAAGAUAGGCGGCUUGGGAACCAAGAUGUCAAACCGAGUGGUGUGCAGAGAAGCAAGUCACGCCGGGAGUUGGUACUCAGCGUCGGGAUCCCAGCUGAAUGCACAACUAGAAGGCUGGCUCUCCCAAGCACAGUCCACCAUCAGACCUGCCAGAGCCAUCAUUGCGCCCCAUGCCGGGUACACCUACUGCGGCGCUUGUGCAGCGCAUGCUUACAAGCAGGUGGAUCCCUCCGUCACUCGUAGGGUGUUCAUUCUGGGACCUUCACACCACGUGCCCCUCUCCCGCUGUGCCCUGUCGCCUGCAGACGUCUAUAGAACGCCGCUCUACGACCUGAGGAUCGACCAGAAGGUUUACGCAGACCUCUGGAAGACCGGGUUGUUUGAGAGGAUGAGUCUGCAGACGGAUGAAGAUGAGCACAGUAUUGAAAUGCACUUGCCUUACACUGCUAAAGCCAUGGAGAGCCACAAAGAUGAGUUCAGCAUCGUUCCUGUGCUUGUGGGCGCCCUGAGCGAGUCUAAGGAGCAGGAGUAUGGGCGGCUGCUCAGCAAAUACCUGGCAGACCCCUCCAACCUUUUCAUCAUCUCCUCUGACUUCUGCCACUGGGGUCAGCGGUUUCGCUACACGUACUACGACGAAUCUCAAGGAGAGAUCUACAGGUCUAUUGAGCACCUUGAUAAAAUGGGGAUGAGCAUUAUAGAGCAGCUGGAUCCAAUUUCCUUCACCAACUACUUGAAGAAGUACCGUAACACCAUCUGUGGGCGCCACCCAAUUGGAGUGCUGCUAAAUGCUGUGGCCGAGCUUAGGAAGUCCGGCUUAGAAAUGAACUUUUCUUUCCUGAACUACGCCCAGUCGAGUCAGUGCAGGAACUGGCAGGACAGCUCCGUGAGUUACGCUGCCGGGGCGCUCAUCGUUCAUUGAGGUCAACUUCUGCAGGGGCCACUGCAACGCCGCCACCCUGCCCUUACUAUCUUAACGCCAUAACCUUGACUCCCACUCUCCCUCUCCCCCCUCCCCCACCCAGUAAUGCCCACUAUUUGCAGGAAACAGACUUAGACAAUUGAAGCCAAUAAAAUCAUUUCCCCUUAAGUCCCUCAGCUCUUCUUCGCUUUUCUCCGCCCGCCUCUCAGUUUGAAGCGUCUUCCGAACUUUUGGUUGCAGAAAAGUUUUAUUAGAGGAUGGAGGCGAGGGGUCAUCUUAGUUUGGGUCGGAGGAAGCUCUAGAAGAAGCAUAUCUUUGUUUUUUUUUGUUUUUUACAUUGUCCCUUUUUCGUUAAUGAGUAAUGAGGAAGCUUAGACAUGUAAAAAAAAAAAAUAUGAUCUGUUUGGAUUUGAUGUGUUCUCGUGUAAUUUGCACCAGAGUCAAACCAGCUGAAAUAAUAGCUGCACAUAUUGUUGGAGAACAUGGAGAUGUUGCUGGAUAAAGAGUCCUCUGACUGCAACCAGACCUAAACGCUACAUAAACCUGGUAAAAGGUGUCAUAGGCAACUGCUACCACUGUUCUGCAAACGUUGUAGUUGCUUUAAAAAAAAAAAAAAAGGGCUGCUCCCAACAAAGUUCACACACAUCCUACUGUAUAAACCAAAAAAAAAUAAACAUUAUCAUAAUAUUGGUAAUAUAUUUUAAUCAUAUUAUAACCUUUUUUUUUAAUAUACUUUUUAGAGGUAGGUGUGAUAGUAUUAACUGAAUUAGUGUAGAUUUGAGUAGCAGCUUCGUCAGGUUGGCUCUAAGGCCGUCCACCUGGUCUGGCCUGUUUAUAGAGCGACGUGUUUACCGCUGAUUACCGCUGAUCCUCUACUCCAGUCAGAUGUUUAUGGCAGUAAAGAUUGAUGUUUUGAGCGCCUCGCCUACAGCGGUGGAUGCCACAAAAAAAUGUCAUCGUAUCUGGACUCCAACUCUGACACCUUCGAGUUUUUGUUUACACCAACCCCUCCCCUCCCCCUGACUCUCUGUAGUAACUGAAUUAGUAGUACACUCAAAUGAUGAUGUAUUAUUUUUCACUUUUUUUUUUUUUUUCUUGAAUUGUAAAAUGUUUUCGUUAAAUAUUCUGCAGAGCUUUCAGUGCGGUCCAAACAAAGUGGCCGAGCUGGAAGGACGACUAUCUUCUAAGAUUACACGUCUGGCCAUGGAGGUUUUUUUUUUUUUAUUACAGCUCUUUGUGUUUGACUGAGAAAUGUUAGUUUCCAAAGUUCGUGUCAUUCUAACUUAAAAAAA